AUUUCCUCUUCCGGUUUUCGCUGGCAGGUAGAUUUAGCUUCAUGAGUUUAAAAGCAACAACAUCGCUCAUAUCUCUACAGAAAUAUAUACACUAACUGUAAGGACAUGGCGUGUUCCAGAGUUCCGUUAGAUGAGCAGCAUGUGACAGAAGUGUCAGGACCUCAAGGCAGAGAGAGAACACUCCCAGCUCUGCACCCCGAGCGUAAGGAGGAGAGGGGGUUUGUACUGUACACUCCACCCCCUGAGGAUCACUCACCUGCUCAGGUGGAGGAAUUUUUGGAGCAUGCUCAGUUCAUUUCAGAGGAUCUGGAGUGGCUUAUCUCUUUAUCUCAUGACAAGUUCUGGUGUCAGGUGGUUUUUGAUGAGUCUUUACAGAGGUGUUUAGACUCGUACCUGCGUCUGGCUCCUCGUGGUAUCGACUCGUCCUCUUUUGCUCCGGCCGUGUCCGAGGCACAGCGCCAUCUUCAUCGCUCCUUCUUCAUGGUCUUCCUCAGGAUGGCAACGCACAAAGAGUCUAAGGAGAACUUCAUCACUCCUGCUGUGUUUGGAGAAAUUAUCUACGACAACUUCCUCUUCGACAUUCCCAAAAUCCUGGACUUGUGUGUGUUGUUUGGAAGAGGAAAUUCCCAACUGCUGCACAAAAUGAUUGAGAACAUCUUCAUCCAGCAGCCCAGUUACUAUGGUGACCUGAACCAGACCGUUCCAUCCAUCAUACAGGUGUUUAACACCAUCCUGGAGAGAUGUGGACUGCAGUCAGGAGACACUGAUGACAACGAGCCUCUUAAACUCAACACACACACACACUUCACUGCCAUGACCAUGAAAGAGGAGGAUCUCUCAGACCUGGUGUUCUACCUGUGUGACACCUGCACCACUGUUCACUGCUUCCUGGACAUUUUCCCUGAAGCGUCUCACACCUUUCACAAGCAUGGCUUCCUCAGCAGACUCUCCUCCUUCUAUGAGUCAGUGGUUCCUGACAUGGAGAAAGCAGUGAGGAAGAGGAAUUUUGAUAAAUGUGUACAGGAGGAUCUGUGGAGGAGGCUUUCUCACUCUCGCAGGAGAAUGGUGGACAUCACACACAUACUGCUCCAACACACCUGUCUACAGCCCAUACUGGAGGGCUCUGAGAACACGGCUGCUCAUGUGGAGGAAUUUCUCCAUACCUUUACAACAUUCCUGCAGGAGAGAAGGUUCCUGGCUGAUUAUGAUGAGGUGUAUCCUGUAGCUGAAGACAUCAAUCUCCUUCAACAGGCCUUCCCUCACCUAGACGACACUCGGACCUCGUACCUGUUGCAUGGUGUUGAAUCUGCAUGGGAGAGCACAGGAAAGAAAAGUCCUCCCACGCUGUCGGCCAAUCACAGCGCAGAAUCGAGCAGCAGGGCAGACAGAGACACCUGCUCCUCCCAGAACAUGGUAGAUGAAAAGGGGGCGGAGCUAAAAGGAGCAGAGUGUAUGAUUGACGUUCCUCACAAGGGAGAUAAUGGGGCAGUGUGCAGCGUGAGUGCUGGGGAGCUGGAGUCUCUGCUCUCUCACAUCAGAGACCUGCUGCCAGAUUUAGGUGAGGGGUUUGUGAUGUCGUGCCUGGAGACGUAUGGCUACGAUGGUGAACUGGUCAUCAACAACAUCCUGGAGGACCGCCUGACUCCUGAGCUGAGGAACCUCGACAGGAACAUGCCCAGGCCGGUGAAGGAAGCUCCACCCACCGUACUCAGCUCCAGAUCCAAUGUGUUUGAUGACGACGAGUUUGACGUGUUUUCCCGGGAUAAGGUGGACAUGAGCCGUGUGUGGAAGGGCAGGAGACAGGGCGAGAGUGUGCGUGACAUGCUCAAUGACAAACAGCACAUUAAUGAUCAGAGGGACAGAUAUCGCUCCUACCAAACGGUUGUGGAUGAGGUCCCCAUAGCAACGGACCAGUCCGGUAACCAUGACGACGCUUAUCUCAUCGAUGACUACGAUGACGAAUAUGAUGACACGUACGACAUCAACCAGGUGGGAGCCAACGACCUGGACGAGGACGAUGAGCUGCUGAGCCGCAGGCCAUUCACAACCCCUCAGGUGCUCCGAGCAGGAAAGCCAGAGGAAGAGGACGAUGAAAGAGAGGAGGAGGGGGAGGAAGAGGAGAAGGAGUCAGCAGUAAAGCGGGAUCAGUUUGUGCAGGACCCGGCCGUACUGAGAGAGAGAGCAGAGGCCCGACGAGCCGCCAUGCAGAACAGGAGAGGCUACAGAGCUCCACCCCCCAGUAACGUUGUGGGUGGACCAAAGGGGCGGGGCCAGGCUCAGGAGACGCUCCUGGAUCGCCGCAGGAAGGAAGCAAACAAGGGUCGAGGAGCCAAUCACAACCGCCGAACGAUGGCAGACAAGAAGAGGAACAAGGGCAUGAUCCCAUCAUAAUGCGCUUCCGUUGCCAUGGCGAUGUGUAUCGUCAUCUGGUUCCCAGAUUUUUUUUUUUUUUUUUUUUUUUUAGAUUUUUAUUAACAGAGAGACAGGAUUAUUUCCUGAUCCUGAUCCCUUGUGACUGAAACGCAACCAAAAAGCCCUUCAGCAUUUUGUUAUUUUAAGGAAAAGAAUCUGAUUUAAAUUUACAGUGGAGGAGGAGAGGUGAUGUUGUUAUGGUGUAAGAGGUGUAGGUUGUUGUGUGAUCAUAUCACACUUUAUAUCUCAAGAAUCUGCUGAUGAUGUCAUCACCAUAAAACAUGAUGUGUCCUAUAAACUGUGACCAGCUGGGGGCGCUGGAGGACAGUGUCCUUUAAUAACAAAUACAAUUAUUCAGUUAAUAGAUAUAAAAGCAGAUGAAGCUGAUUAUAAAGUAGCGUUAAAUGCUUUCCUCUAAAAAAUAUGCUUUCCCCACACACACACUUUCUCCACCUGGGCUCCAUGUGGCUCCGCCCCCCAGGCAGGCCGCCUCCUACCUCAGUUUAAUGUAACCAUGGCAACAAUAUUGUCAUUGCAAUUAAGUGAUUAUUGAUACACAGGAGGAGCACUCCUGAUCAUCAUCAGGGACAGAGUGAGAGAGACAGGGAGCGUGAGAGAGAGAGACAGGGAGCGUGAGAGAGAGAGACAGGGAGCGUGAGAGAGAGACACAGGGAGUGUUGUCUGAGUAAACUUCCAUUUUUACAGCAAAAGCAUUUUGGGAAAUGAUGUAGAGAUAAAAUUCAUACUGGAAAUAAUAAAUACUGUUCUGAAGACUUUA